UUCUCUCCAAUUUGGAAUGCCCAAUUAUUAUUUGUAUCCCAGUUCACCACUGCAACCCCCUGACAACUUGGGAAACAGAGGCUGGAACACUAUAGUGCUGGAGGACAACACAGAUCUGAUAGCGCCACUGCAGAACCAUAGGUGUGGCGAACCAUGGAUUCCCCUGCCGACCUAAGCCCUUCCUACCCAGGUGGUGCAUGGCCAGUUGUGUGCCACUCCCUAGGAACCCCUGGUCAAAGUUGUUAGUGACAUAGCCUGGAUUUGAACCUGUGAUCUCCAGGCUAUAGGGCACAUCCUGCACUCUAUGUGGAGUUCCUUUACAGGAUGCGCCACUUGGGAGCCCCCCAAAAUAGAUAUUGUAACUAUAUUCAAUGGAGAACCAUCACAAACCGCUUUACAAGAGCAAUGAUCAAUGCAUAAUACAUUAAAUACAGUGGAACAUAGUACAUUACAUACAAACAGUAAAUAAAACAAUACAAAUACAGGCAUAAUACAUUAAAUACAAGGCUAGGGUGUGAAUUCUAAACAAAACAUAUUACCUUAUUUCAACUUGAUAAACCUCUAAAAAAAGUUGCGUAAGUGUUCUGUUUCAGUUAGAUGUCAAGACCUUUCCUUUGAUAAUCUCUACAGCUCGUUAUCUCAUUAAAAAGCUAUUUUUAUUUAACCUCAUGCUGUAUAUAGCCAUAAGAAGUUUAACAAUCUGUACCAGUUGUUCAGUUUUAGUCUAGGGUCCAGAGCAGCUCUCAGGAGGAAGCGGUCCACAUCUGAUUCUUCAGCAAGAAGUUGUCAGGAAGCUAAGUGAGCAAUGGGUGCUGAUAAUUCUACAACUGAAGAUAUGAUGGCCGUGGAUAUCCACUAUUGGUACAAUAAGUUUAUGCGUGACUCUCCAUCUGGUCUUAUAACUGUGUAUGAACUUAAAGCAAUCCUCGGUCUUCAGGGAAUGAAUGAAGAAGCAAAUGGAUAUAUUGAACAAGUAUUUGCAACGUUUGACAUGAAUAAGGAUGGAUACAUAGAUUUUAUGGAAUAUGUUGCUGCACUAAGCUUGAUUUUAAAAGGAAAAAUUGACCAGAAGCUGAAGUGGUAUUUCAAAUUAUAUGAUGCUGAUGGAAACGGAAGGAUUGACAGAGAAGAAUUGCUUAGCAUAUUUAAGGCAGUACAAGCUAUCAAUCGGCACACUGACAUGUUGCCAGAAGAGAUCACAGCCUUGGUGUUUGAUACAAUAGACAAAAAUGGAGAUGGUGAAUUGACAUUAGAAGAGUUCACCAGUGGAGCGCAACAACACCAGGUGAUCAUGGACAUAAUCAAAAAGACCCUAGACCUCUCAAAUGUCCUGAAAGUCAUCAAAAGCGGCAGAAGGAACAGUGUUUAAUAAAAACUCUUUGCAGACCAGGUUACAGGACUGGGCUGAAGAACUAGGAAAGCUCCAUUACUUUGUUUGGGAUUUGGGGAUUGUUAGGCACUUUAGGGAAAGAAAGUUUACACUGUUUUCCUAUAUUGAUUAUGAUUAAAUAAAUAUGCAGGAAAGCUGCUGAAGAGAGAACUAGAACAUGGGAAUAUUCUGUAGUACUCUGAUGCCACAUGAUAACUGGU